CCAUGUCGCUGAUGCCAUCGUUAUGUUUGCUCAGAGGUUUAAUAGUAAAUACUUAAACACGAGAACCCUGCAACUGUACUAUCGAACGCUGUUUUUGGGUUAAAACAAUCAUGCUUGUCUUGGUUCGGUGCAGCACAGCAGUAUUAUUUCCGGAACGGUGCCUGACAGGUUACUCCGCGAACACAAAAACACACUGUCACAAGGAGCCGGUUUUUUUUUAGUAAAACAUCAACCUAAUUAGUUUUCAAGUCAUUUAAGAACAGUAGCUUGGUUCAGGAGGGUAACGACACGGUGUGCAGCGCCCAGAAAAGCCGUCUACUAACCUAAAGAUGAAGUCCACAGGCAACGCUGAGCCAGAAGGAACCAGCAAACCCUCAGGCAACGCCAGGACCCUUGCUUUGACUGUCUGCUCUGCUGCCAUCGGAGGCACCUUCCAGUAUGGCUACAACAUCUCCAUUAUCAAUGCUCCAACCCUGUUCAUCCAGAGAUUCCUUAAUGACACUCAUAUGGAGCGCUGGGGAACAGCUCUGGACACCCACCAGGUAACCCUGCUCUGGACUAUUAUCGUAUCGGCCUUCUCCCUGGGAGGCUUGCUGGGGGCCUUGUUAGCGGGGCCGAUGGCUGUCCACGUUGGGAGGAAGAACUCGCUGCUGCUGAACAAUUCCUUCCUAUUUGUCAGUGCAUUGCUCGUGUUAACAAGUAGGCUGGCGAAAUCGUUCGAGAUGAUCAUGCUCGCCCGUCUUCUGGUGGGCAUCAAUUCCGGUGUAAGCAUGAACAUCCAGCCUAUGUACUUUGGAGAGAGCGCCCCCAAGCACCUCCGAGGCGCUGUGGCUUUUUCGUCUGCCGUUUUCACAGCGUUUGGAAUUUUCAUGGGUCAGGUGGUUGGACUUACUGAGCUGCUGGGCACAGAGCCUCUUUGGCCUUACUUAUUAGCUAGCAAUGCUCUGCCAGGAUUGAUCCAGCUGCUUACCCUGCCGUGGUUCCCCGAAAGUCCCAGAUACCUACUCAUCGACCGGGGCGACAGGGAAGCGUGUGUCCGAGCGCUCGGGAGACUACGCGGAGGGGAGGCCCCCGCCCUGGAGAUGGAGGAGAUGCUUCAGGAGCAGCAGCAACAGCAAACAGCAGCCAUGAAUUCUGGGUCUACAUCAUCUGCCAAGACACCCUGGGCCCUGUUUAAGGACCCUGCUGUUCGAUCCCAGCUCAGAACAGUCAUGUUUGCCAGCAGUGCCAUGAUGCUCUGUGGCAACGACUCUAUCUACUUUUAUGCUUCUUACAUUUUUCACGAGGCUGGAAUUCCUCCUGGAAAAAUCCAGUAUGCCUCUAUCGGCACAGGGGCGUCUGAGCUAACUGCUUCUAUACUGAGCAACCUCCUGAUUGAACGUGUCGGCCGCAGGUCCCUUCUAGUAGGUGGUUACUCCCUUAUGUCUUGUUGGAGUGUGGUCUUUACUUUAGCUCUCAUCUUCCAGAGCCGCGGAGUGGCAGGUCUGUCCUACCUCAGCAUGGCAUGCGUGUUCGCCUACAUUCUUAGCUUUGGCUUGGGCCCUGCAGGGGUGACGGGGAUCCUACCAGCUGAGAUCUUUGACCAAGCAGCUCGGCCAGCGGCGUACAUGGUUGCCGGCUCCCUUAUGUGGAUUAACCUGUUCUUGGUGGGAAUGUUGUUCCCGUUCAUUGUCAAGGGUCUGGGGAACUUCUGCUUCCUUCCUUUUUUGGCUGUGUGUGUGGUGUCCGCUGUGUUUUUGGGGCUCACCUUACCAGAAACUAAGGGCAAGACCAUGGCUGAGAUCACUGCAGAGUUUGAUAGGAAAAAUGGAAAGGACAGGAUGAACAAGCAGGUGGGGGAGCCCAUUAGGGAUCAGUAUCAGUUGGGAACCGCUUCUCUACCCACACAAGACACAAGAUCCCAACCUUGACCUUGCUGAAUUAGGUGGAUCGUUCAAGUUGAAUAGUUAAUACUUGAUGAUCUCUGUGUAAUGAUUAAUCGUUCUGUUUAGUUCUGGUUAUGACCUAGGAGAAAGGUGAAAGAUGCAUUAUUUAAAUACAGCUUUUUCAACCAGAGAAGGCUUCCUAAUGAUGCGCACCAAAGAGAUGCAUCAUGACAGUAGCAAUGUACGCAGAAUGUAAAAAAUGUCUGCAAUUACUGCAUCUUUAUGAUUUAUGAAUAUAUAAGUCCACCGAUCCCCACAGGGAGCAAUUAUACCCAAGAUGCAAUUCAACACAAUGCCAAACAAACCUUGUGUAGACUGCUAGUUUUUGUUGAUGUGGGAUCUAGGAUGCUGCUUAGCUUUGGAUUGUUAAACCAAGACAAAGCAGGUGUGUUGAACAAUAAUGUGUGGUUGUAAUAUCAAGGAGGAAAGCGGAUAAUAAUAUAAAUCUCAUUUGUAGCCUCAUAAUCCAUAUUGAUGCCAAUUUAAACACAGAAGGUUUUUGCAAUAACAGAACAGUGGUUACAGUCGAGUGGGUGAUUGUUUGAACUGCAUAAAUUAAGGGAUUACUCAUCCUAAGUCAACACUGCACUGGGUAGAUAGCACUGUUUGUUUAUACUAUAUUCUUAUUAUUGCCUAUCUAGCUCAGUGAUCUACACUCAGGCUUAGUCUUGAAGUGAGUGAUCAGGUUUAGUAUUUGUGACCUUUUUAUUUUUCAGAUGUCAGAUGCAUUUUUUAACCAAAGCAUGUUUAUUUAUUCGAAUCUCAACCAGUUUGAUUCAAUGUAACUACCUCUUGGGUAAUUAUUUUAGGCUCAUGUACUAGGUUUUAAGAAUGCAGCUACCCGGCCACUAGAUGGGGCCAUUGUCACUCAUUGUUUGUGUGAUCCUACACAAAGUUGAGUGAAAUACAUAGAAAUGAAACGCACUUAAGCAAAUAUGUCACUUUGCCAUUUUAAUGGUGUUCAGCUUUGCUUGGACUGCGUUGGCUGUCACAGCAGGAUGUUCUCCUUCUUAGCAUUUAUCACACAUUAUUUAUGAGAAGACCUUUUAUUUUUUCUACCUUUUUAGGAUGUUUUUAAUCAGAAAUUAAAAAUGUAAAUUCUUGUUGUUUUCAUGCUGGAUUAUAAAACUACUGGAGCAUGUUACAGGUGCCAUGUACCACUACUGCUACAACUGUUACUGCAUGCAGAGCAUGAUAGUCCUUUUUAUUAUACUGGAUGUAGAUCUGAUUGCACUGUGUAAAGCUCAGGCUGAAAUGAUUACUUCACCUAUUUAUUGUGUGCAAAAACUACAACAUGUACAAAUAAUAAAUGAAGGUGUUGACCCACACAAA